UGUUGUUUAUGGAGCGAUGGCUGUCAUCGAGUUUUAUUUUACUAUCGUAGAAAAUAAGAAAGAAGCUUUCAGUGCACAUAAAUGAAGAUAUUUUCGUGAAUCAUGUACAUGUUUUACAACUUCCCUUUAGGUCUAAGUGAAAUUAUGAUAUAUCUGUAUUUAGAACCAUUAGUGAUGUUUAGUGAAAAAGCUUGUUAAGUUCCGACGAUGGCGUCCGAUGGUGAAAUUUCGUGUGCGAAUGAUCCUAAUUUCGCUGUUAUUUACUCAUUUCUAAAAACAUUUGGUAAAUUGUACGGCUUAGAUGUUCCUACGCUAACUAAAUUGCAAGAACUUAUAGAGAAUACACAAGAAGUGUUGGAUCCAUUAAAGGAGUUACACUUGAGACUUCUACGCCGUGCUCAUAAGACGGUAGCGAGCAACAGAUGGGAGAGGUUCAUGAUAAAGUUUUGUCAUCAACAAGGUCACCAUCAGGAAGCCUGGGAGAUCGAGAGGUUCUCUUACAAGAAAGCUAGCACUCAGGUUAAAUUGAAAGUAUUGAAGCUUUUACUAGAGUACCAAUUUACUUGCCAUCCAAAGUUCAAGAACGCUGUCAAUGCAAUAUCAUGUAAGGAGUUGAGGUUGGAUCCUAUUGGCAGAGACAAGAAUGGUUGUGUGUACUGGUUGCAAGUAGAUCAUGAAGCUAACCUCUGUUUGUAUAAAGAAGACCAAGAUGAGGAGACAUGGCAGCUUGUAGCUAGAACUCGAGAAGAACUAGUGAAAGUAAUAUCUCAAUUGAAAAGUGGUGAGGAGGUGUGUCCAUUAUUUGCAACAAAUACCAAUGUAAAUGAGGAUUCUAAUAGUGCUGAGAUUCCACCGCAGCUGGAGUCCAAUAAAUCAGAAGUAGAAGAAGAAAACGAAGAAGAGUUCCUAAGUCCAGAAUCUGAAUCAGAACAUGAACCUGAUGAACAAAAGAAUGAAGAAGAACCACCACUUGAUAAAGAAGAGAGUAAACCAGAAGGUCCAUCUGAUAAUACAGCAGAGAAAGUGGAAGAAGAAGUGGAAAGGAAAGAAGUUUCUGAGAACAGUGAACCUGUCUCAGAAACACCAGAUGAACAAGAAACUGUUGAUACAGCAGAAAAAGAGGACAUAGCUGAACAGCCAAACAGUCCUCAGAAAGAGGAGCCUGUAGAAUCCACUGACGAAGUAGAAAAGGAACCAGUUACAAGUGUAGAUAAGGAAAGUACAGAUGAACAAAAGCCAGAAGAUGAUAAAGAGGAAGCAAGUAAAGAAAAACCUGAUGAGGAAGUUGGCGAAGCAAUAGAAGAACCUCUAAUGCUGGUCACUGGUGAGGGAAAUGGUGCAGAUUGCGAUAGUUCCUAUAUCAUUGGUGAAGAAAUUUCAGAACCAGUCAUGUUCUUCUAUGGAGAAGGAUGGGGUUACGACAAUGACACGGGUAAUCCUGACACUAUAGAACAAGCACAAAGUCCAGAAGAAAAUUCCACAGAGGAAAAUGGCGGUGAAGAGUGUAUAAAUGGGGAACAUCCCCAUGAAUUGUCUAACUCAAGCAAUAAAAAUAAUGUAGUUAAAAAUGUUAAAUUAAAAAGUAGUUUACCUUCUGUAACUAAAAGGUCUUUGAAAAAUCAGUCUAAUGAUGCCACAGAGGUGUUAAAUACUGACUCUAAAAAACAUUGCGUGCGCGAUUUAGAUCAGUCCGAUGGUUCUAAUUCAACUAAACACACUGAAAAUGAACUUAAAAGAGAAGCUAGUGUUAAUGACAAGAGCACUACAGAUAGUGAAAGUCCGCAAAAGAAUAAUGCGAAAAAGGGCCGAGGUAAAGUUAAAAAGAAAAGUAAUUUAGCCAGAAACAUAAAACUAAACACAAGUACAGAAGUAGUUAACUCAGAGACUGAUAACUGUCACGAUAGUAAAACAAGUAUUAUAGAAAAACGAAAAAGUAGUGUUUCCUCUGUAGAUCAAGAUGAUACAGUUAAUACAGAAAAUGAGAAAGAAAAGAGUCCUGAUAAAGAACUCAAAGUAGAAGACCCUUUACCUCCUAAGAAGCUACGUUUAGAAACUACUCCCGAAAGUGACGUAAACACACAUUCCAAUGAAACAGGAGAUAGUGUAGAGAACAGUGAAACUAAGAAAGACAGCUUGAAUAACGUUGAAAGCAAUCCUAUAGAGCAGCGGAAGAAGAUAAAAGCUAAUAAAGGAAAAUUUAAAAGAAAAAAGAUAGUUAAGAAAGAUGACGAAAAUGUCGAUAAUAGUGACAAGGAAGCUAAUGACAAUGGUAAGAAAGAGUGUAAAUCAUUAAAAAGGUCUCUAUUAGACGCUACCAUGAGCGAUAAGAAUAAAUCUGAAUCUCAAAGCGAAAGUGAUGAUGAGCCGAUCACAAGUGGCAAACGCCUCAAAAUUAAACCUAAGAAAAUCAGCACAUCUACAAGGAAAAAAGUAGAAGCGAAACUUUUAGAGAAACAUUCAAGUGACGAAUCUGAGGAAGAGACUCUCUAUAGUAUAGCCGGCAAAAAAUCGUCAAAAAAACUAGUGAAAAAGAAAAUCAAAGUGAAAGAUAAGGGUAAAUCAAAUGACAAAGGCAAGUCGCACGACAAAGGGAAGUCGAGCAAAGACCGGGGCCGGGCGUCGGACGACUCGGACGUAGCGCCCGUGCGACAGUCGCGACGGAUCGCGCAGAUGAAGAUCAAGGAAGAGGCUGAUAGACGGCAUUUAGAAGAAGUGGCAUUGAGAGAACUUAAGAAAAUACAUAAGAAAAAGAAUAAAGAAGAAGAAGCAGAAGAAGAAGAAUGGCGGGCUAGUGGUGCCAGCAGUUCAGAAGGCUCGCGGCGCCGGCGGCGCAGCUCGUGGCGCUCCGACCACUCGACGGGGCCGGAGCCCGACUCCGACUCCGACGAGCCGCUGUUCGACAUGCCCGAUGAGCCGCAACUGGUUUUCGACAAAUCGGAUCACGAGUUCUCACCGGAAUCUGACUUGGAGAGUGGCGAACCCGUCGAGCCACUCAAAAGAGCACGUACUUUACAAGAAGGUAAAGAAGACGCCGACGGCUUUUGCAAGCGUUGCGGCAGUGGGGAACAGCCGGAAUGGAUCCUGCUGUGUGACAAGUGUGACGCCGGCUACCACGCGAGCUGCCUGAAGCCCGUGCUGUUCGUGGUGCCCGAGGGCGACUGGUUCUGUCCGCCCUGCAACCACGACAUGUUAAUAGCAUCUCUAGAGGCAGAACUGGUGAAGUACGACGAGUUACUGGUCACAGUGGAAGCAGAGAGAGAACGCAAGAAGUUGGAACAGCCUGAACCCAAGAGCGAGAAGGAGUCUGAAGAUGAAAAGGAGGAGCGGCAAGGAGAUGAUGAUGAUGACGAUAAGUCUAGUGAAUUCCCCGCAGACGGCAGCGCGAGCAGCGAGUGGUCGUCGGACGCGUCGUCGGGCGGCGUGUACCGGCUGCGGGCGCGGCGCCAGCUGCCCGUCAGCUACCGCGCGCAGGAGUACGACCGCCUCAUCAGCUCCGCCAUCAAGGAGGAAUACGUGGAAGCGACAACGAGUGCAGGUAAUCAAGGUCGCGGCAAGGACAUAUCAACUAUUAUCGAGGCAGCUGAGGAAGAGAAGAUGAAGGCAGAACGAGAGGCUCUUGAACAGGGUAAACCAAUAGAAAGGAAAACUAAGAAGAAGCAGCGUCGAAAGCCGCGGAAACUGAACUCGCUGGAAGUGCCCUCGGAAGACGAUGACGAAACUGAUGAGGACUUCAAAGAUACUGGUGCUUUAAGUAUGGACUCGUCAUCGGAAGACAUAUCGUCGUCAGCGGACGGCGGCAGCUCCAGCGACUCCCGGUCCUCAGACUCGCUGCCCAUACGACGCACUUGUCGGACUGAUAAGAAAGAACGGCCGAAACUGGCGGAAUCGUCACCAGAAGUAAAGAAGAAGAAGAAAGGCGUCUUAGAAGAUAGCUCCAGUGAAUCUGCGGGCGCCAAGGAGUGGUCCUCUAAAUCUAAGUCGAAAAAAUCCCGACCUCCCAAAACGAAACGCCGCGACAAAUCCAAAAAGAGUCGCAAACGCAGCGCCCUCACGCAGUACGAUGCACACGGGAACGUCAUACGAGCUCGCGUCACCUACGGCGGCCUCAGUGGCGAUGACGACAACGACUGGUCGCCCAAGCACAGGACAAGGCAGAAGAAGAUCAAUUAUACUGAGAUGCCUAAUACUGAGUCGGAGGAUGAAAUGCACAAAUCUAGCGGCAAACACAUGCCAGAUAGUUCGGACGAAUACAAGAUCGAUACAGACGCCUCAACCGACUCGGACGACGAGAGAGCCAAACGGAAGAAACCAGAGGACGAAGACUCGGAGCAGACUUCCGAAGAGAAACGGAAAGCCCUCAGCGAUCUGAUCCGGAAGACCGCUGUCGUACCACUAGAGAAGUUACCAGAAGAUGUUACGAAAGCUAAAACUGAGGAGUUGCAAGCUCAUCUUAACGCUCAGGCGGCGGCGGCUAUGAACGCUCGUCCGUCUCGCGGCAGAGGCAGUCGGGGCGGCCGCGGUAGCAGUGCGGAUUGCAGGACGCCGCGCGGACGCGGCCGCGGCGCCGACCCGACCUCCGACGACGCUCUCGCCAAGCUUAUUGGAGUCAAGAUUAAAGAUCUGAGGACGGACGGCUCACCAAUGAAACCUAAUCAAGUGGAAAGGGAAAAGAAGAGACAAGAACGCGAAGCCAAACGAGCGGAACGCGAGGCUAAGAAAGUCGAAAGGCUGCAGAAAAAAGAAGAAAAAGAAAAGAUGAAGGAACAGAAAGCUAAGGAGAAAGAAGAGAAGAGAUUGGCUCGGUUGGCCAUGCAGGAGACGAAGAGGAUUAAGAAAGAGAAGAUGGAGUUCCCAGUUGGACAAGUGCCGUAUGGGAGUCCGCCACCACAUGGCUAUGCUGGGCCUAGGAUGCCCAAUGACUUCCAUGAACAACCUCGGUUCCCUACUACGCCUAGGCUACAGGUCCGCGCGGAGCUGCGCGGCGUGCUGUCGGCGGACGAGCGAGCGCGGCCCGACCACGCCGCCGCGCUGCGGGAAGGUACGCUUUCAGUAGCCGGCUCGCCGCAGCCCUUCAAGCCGAUCACAGAGGAGCCCAGCAUCAUCACGCGGAUGCCGCACAUGAUCAACCAGCAAUACAGGGGCCCGAUGAUGUACCCAGGCGGGGGGUCGUACGGUCCUCGCGCCGCCAACAUGUCCAUGUACCCCCUGCACCCCGCGCUCGGGCCCUCGCGGCAGUACCCGCCCUACUACCCGCACCACCCCGCCCAUCCCGCACACCCCGCCCAUCCCGCACACCCCGCCUACUCGCGCCCGCCCUACUCCGCCGGCCCCGCGCGACACCCCAUGCCGCCCGGACACGGGCCUCCGGGACACGGGCCUCCAGGACACGGGCCCCCAGGACACGGGCCCCCGGGUCACGGCCCGCCAGGACAUGCGCCGCCUGGACACGGACCUCCGGGGCACGGCCCCCCAGGUCAUGGCCCGCCCGGACAUGGACCGCCUCCAUCCGGACACGGUUCUAUGCCCCCGGGACAUGGGCCGCCCGUCAGCAGCCAUGGACCGCCGGGCCAUGUACCCUCACCUCCAGGACACGGGCCGCCGCCGCAUGGCCCUCCGCACCCUGGACAUGGGCCCCUCGGCCUGCACCGGCCCCACGCACCCGGGCCCCCCGGCGCCAUGCCGCCGGCCUCCAGCCCGCACGGCAUGACCAGUCCUGCACCGCUCGGCAUGUCCCGCCCCCCCGCGCCCCGCGCCGCCCCCUCCCCCGCUGCUCGCCACACUCCCCCCGCAGAGCUGGACCCCGCCGUGCGCAUCAAGGCAGAAGUCAAGACCGAGCAGCCCGAGUACCACUCCCCCGCAGCCUCCCCCGCGCGGGAGCCCUCCCCCACGCCGCCGCGAGACGAACCACCCAGACAUCCCAAGAUCAAAGUCACCGAAAACAAGGACAGACGGCCGCGGUACCCGCUGGGGCCGUACGCGCCGCAGUACGGACCCUACGGGCCCUACGCGCCGCCGCCCCCCGCCCCCGCCGAGCGCGGCGCGGCGGCCGGCCCGCGCGGCCCGCCCCCCCUGCACCACCCCCCCCGCAGCCCCGCCGCCACCGAGCGGCCGCACGCGCUGGAGGCGGGCGCGGGCCAGGGCGCAGGGACGGGCGCGGGGCCGGGCUACCUGCCGCCGCACCUGCGCGCCAUGCCGCGGCCGGCGUACGGGCCGGCGCCCAGCGGCCGCGGCAGUCCGGCCGGGCCGCCGCCAUUCGCGCCGCACUAUCCAGAUGUGUCCCGCACGUCGCCAGCCGGACCGUUACCUCCCGCCGGCUCUAUGCCUCCCGGUGGGCCUCUGCCCUCAGGUAGUCAUCUACCCCCCGGCGGACCCAUGCCUCCCACCGGGUCGAUGCUCACCGGGUCGAUGCCCACCGGGUCGAUGCCCACCGGCGGCCCGAUGCCCCCAGGUGGCUCAAUGGCUCCAGGUGGCUCAAUGCCUCCCGGUGGAUCGAUGGCACCUGGUGGGUCAAUGCCUCCUGGUGGAUCAAUGCCCCCUAGCGGACCAUUGCCUCCUGGCGGGCCAUUGCCUCCAGGCAGUCAUCUACCUCCAGGUGGGCCUCUACCCCCUGGCCAUAUACCUUCUGGUGGGCCGUUGCCUCUUAGUAUGCGUGAGGCGACAGCAGGCUUGCGGCCCGACCGGCUGACGUCACCAGCGCGGCUGGAACCACUAGGCGUGGUGAAGCAAGAAGUGCUGGGCAUAGUGAAGUCGGAGUCGCCGGGGCCGCCGCCGGGCCCCGCGAUGGGCCCGGUGGAGGGCGGCUCGGUGUUCGGCGGGCUGGUGAGCUACUUCUCGAGCCAGCACGAGGACGACAUGGACGCGUGACUACGUGUACAUACCGCGCGAUAGAUAAUUAUAUUUAUGCGCCGCCCGCGCGGCCCACCCUGUACGAUAUUAUGUGUUAGCGUAGGAGAUUUAGUUUAGCGAUAGGGACUAAAUAUAUAUAUUAUGAGUCUUUUUGGUCUCGAAUAGGCGAAUGUAUUAUUAUUUUGGUUAUGUUUAAGUGAGAUUUAUUUAUAUACGACCGAUAGGUACUUACAGUAUACUCUGAAUACGAAUUUUAUUAAAGAGAUCGAUGACAUUUUUUUUGAAAAAAUAAAUGUUUUCUCCUACAAAAAA